UUUUUACUUCCGCUUUAGAUUUUAACCAAUUCCAUUUUGUAAAUUGAAUUACGAAAUUUGACAACAUGAGUUACCACACAGAUAAAGGCGAAAAACAUGAAAAUGCAAAAUUCAAAUGCUUCGACCAUCUUCGAUUUUGGGUUGGAAAUGCAAAACAGGCUGCUGAUUUCUAUUGUAUGCACAUGGGUUUCAAACCGUUUGCCUACAAAGGAUUGGAAACAGGAACAAGAGAUGUUGUAUCACACGUGGUAAAACAAAAUGACAUUAUCUUUGUAUUUGUUUCUCCGCUCAAUCCCGGAAACGAGGUCAUGGGGUCAUAUCUUUCAAAACACGGCGACGGAGUUAAGGAUAUUGCUUUCACCGUAAAAAAUUGUGAAACAUUAGUUCAGAAAGCAAAAGAGAGAGGAGCAAUAAUCGUCAAAGACUUGUGGGAAGAGUCGGAUGAAAACGGCACAGUUAAAAUGGCAACUGUUCAAACGUACGGCGAUACAACACACACUUUUAUAGAACGAAGUAACUUCAACGGACUAUUUUUACCCGGAUUUAAGGCACCUUUAUUCAAACCGGACAUCUACGACACCCUGCCAGCACCGAAACUUAGAUUUAUUGAUCACGUGGUAAGCAGUCAACCAGAGAAUGAAAUGACUCCAAUGGCAGAUUGGUACGUUCAAAAUCUUCUAUUUCAUCGAUUCUGGUCGAUAGACGAUUCUAUGCUUCACACUCAAUACAGUUCCAUGAACUCUAUUGUCAUUACCAACCACGAAGAAACCAUCAAAAUGGCGUUGAACGAACCAUCGUUUGGAGAGAGAAAAAGUCAAAUCAAAGAGUAUUGCGAAUACAAUGGGGGAGCAGGAGUCCAACAUAUAGCAAUGAACACACCCGAUGUCAUUACUGCGGUUCGAAAUAUGAAAGCUCGUGGAUUAGAAUUUUUAUCGGUACCGGAUACUUACUACAAGCAAUUGAGACAAAAUUUGAAAAACGCGAAGAUCACUGUGGAAGAAGAUCUUGAUAUUAUCCAGGAAUUACGUAUUCUUGUUGACUUUGACGAAAACGGCUACUUGCUGCAACUAUUCAGCAAACCAGUUCAGGAUCGCCCAACUCUCUUUAUGGAAGUUAUUCAACGUCACAACCACUCGGGAUUUGGCGCUGGAAAUUUCCAAUCCCUUUUUGAAGCCAUUGAACUGGACCAAGCAGCAAGAGGAAAUUUAACAGUGGUAGAAAAUGCAUAAUCCGGCCCGAUAUAGUGCCUCACAAAAAUAAAGUAACUUCAAAAGCUUUAGCCACAAAGAUUAGGUUAUGGAUAAACAACUUCUCUAAAAAUAAUGUAGAUUAUUAUGCAAAAUUAACUUUUUUAAUAUUCUGAAAAUAUUGCAAAACAGUAUUUAAUUGACAAUAGACUACGCAACAUUCGUUUUAUAUCUGGUUACGUAAAAUAGUUACUAUUAUAAGUCAUAAUUAUGUCUUAUUAGACGUAGAGCAUACUUACCCCAUUUUUUAUAAUAAUAUACCUCAUUACUCUGUACGCCAUUGUACCCCAUACACGGUUAUCACAGUCAUAACGUGAGUCGUAUCAUGUUUGAUUAUCUUGUAUGUGACAGCGGAUUUGAACUAGUUUUGUUAGUCUGUUAAGUCCCUUAUAAUUAGGUAUUUAUCAAAAUAAUAUUACCCAAAAAUGUUUAGAGCAUGAUUGUUUUUUUUUUAAUUUCUCACAACGGGACAUUAUUUUUAAUGGUUGCCAUAAGUUGUGUCAUCAUCUGUUUUUUGGGGGAGAUUUCAUUUUUACUUCACAUGCCGAUUUUGGGAAGUUUUAAAACUUUGCAACUUGUUAAAUACUGUUUUAUCUGUAGCAUUGUGAAAUGAGAAUUUUGUAAAUUUAAUAUCAGCAUUUUACUGAGCAACUUACUGAGUGCUAUUUUCAAUUUUAACUUUUCACUGGUUGCGUUUAUGCUGAACACCUAUACUUUACAUUGCCCGUGACCAAGCGCAGGCCAAGGUAAAGACUUGUAUAAACAAAUAUGGUUUAUAUAUGUAUUCAAGUAUUCAAAAUCUUAGUUGUUCGUUUCCCCUUGGCUCUGAAUUUUAAUAUUUUUAAAUUCUUAUUAAUGGUAUACUUUCUGACUUCUGAGCAAGAGCUGAAAUCUUAUAUAGACGGUCAUGAUAAAGAAAAACGUAUGUCGAUCUAUUUUAUUAUCGUUACAUUUCCAUGGAUCUGAGAUUUACCGUUGGAGUUUAGAGUUCUAUUAUUACCGUUGUUACGUUCAUGAAAUAAACUAUUAUGCAAACUGUACGCCUUAUGAUCCUUACACAAUAUUUGGUUUCAAAUACCGGUAGUUAGGGAUUUGUUCGAAUUGAAUUGUUUUAAAACAAUUGCUUCA